CAAGCACCGCUGCGUAUUGUUUGGUAUAUAAAUAUUGCAAGCUUCUUUUCAUAUUUCAUUAAAUCAACUCUGGCUAUCCAUACCCUUUCUUAUCUAUAUUACGAAAAGAUCAAUACUUUGUGGUCCAAUUCGAACCGCGAAACAGCAAUCCUGGCGAUUUAUAUCUUUAUCUCGAGACAAGCUCUCUUUGCUUCGGCUCUUUUCGAAGCGGCCGAUGAGUUGUGGCCACCUUAGGUCAAUGGGUCAGGACCUGAUGGAAGCGACAGCCUGAAUAGUGCAGGCAUGAAUGUAGACUACGAAAUUUAUAUUCUUUGACAAAAAAUAUUGUUCAAGUUGAAAAGCACUUUCGGCCCUUCGUACAAUAUCCGGACGAGAUGUUCCAGCAAAUAAUAAAAACCCUUGCAUCUCCUGGAUUCAAGGGAGAAAUCGAAGAUGUGGCACCAACUCAGCAUGUUUUUUUGGAUACCAGC